AUGAAACAUAAAUUUGAAGAGGAACUCCGGGCAUAUUCUGGUGAUGACCCUUUGAAUGUUUGGUAUAGAUACAUUUCCUGGAUUGAAGAGAACUACCCAAAGGGGGGCAAAAAGGAUUUGUCAUCAAUAUUGACAAGUUGCAUGAAAGCAUUUUGUGAAGAAGAGAAAUAUAAGAAUGAUGCACGCUAUGUGGAUAUUUGGAUAAAAUUUGCCAUUCUGUAUGAUACACCAGAACUAAUGUAUGAACACAUGAGAGAUAAAGGGAUUGGCUGUCAGUGUGCUGCUCUUUAUGAAGCUUGGGCCAACUAUCUUGAGUUGUUGGGGAACACCAAAAAAGCUGAUGCUAUUUUUGCAGAAGGACUCCGACGCAAAGCAGAACCAUUCGAUGUGCUUCAAAAGAGACAUCAAGAAUUCCAAAAUCGUACUGUGUUAAGUAUGAUGAAGCAGUCAACGAUAGCAGAUGACAAUCCUCUUCGGGUUGCUUCUGGCGAUUUAGAAAAUAGAGUGGCAUUUACUGGUUUAGAGACCAAAGGGAAAAAAAAAGAAGUCCCAUCCAUUCGACCUGGUCAAAUGGGACUAGUUAAAACUGAUGUUAGAGUUCCCCUGUCAGGCAAAGUUCAAAAACCACAGAAAAGUUCCAAAUUACAAAUUUAUAGUGAUGAGAAUCAGCCUACAGGUGGCGCCAUUUUUCCUGACAGUGGUGCUAAUGAAUACCAAAGACUUCCAGUUCAAAGUGCUGUUAACCGAGAGAAUUCUAAAAUACCAGGACCAUGGACAAAGAACAAAAUCACUCAAAAGAAAUCUUUUCCUGUGGCUCGAAUGGCACCCUUUGAAGUCCAGAGGGAUGGAUCAAGUGAAAUAAUGACUCCCAAAAAAACCCCAGAAAUCGACAGUCAAGUUUUGAGUGUCCGCAAACCUGAAAAAGAUGGUAGUAGCCAACAACAUUAUUCCAACCCAAUGCAACCUGUAAGUGAAGCAAAUUCUUUCCAGAAACCCAUGUACUGCAAAGAUAAAAUUUAUGCUGGCUGUGAAGAGUAUUCUUUUGAGGAGCUGAGGGCCCUGCGAUGGCGCAGGAAAGAACAAGAAAAGGCCAAACAAGCGAUUGAGGAAAUGAAUAGACGUUUGAUGGAGGAACAACAACAAAUAUUGUUAAAGAAUCGAGAAUUGAUGCAACAGCAGAAAUUGAUGCAGGAAGAAAUGCAGCAGACAGAAAAAGAAAUUGCAAAAAAUUUACAAGUUUUACAAUCAAAAUACCAGGAGAAAAGUUUGGAAUUGUCUCAAUUGCAAACUCUUAUCAACACUUCGGAAAAUGCGACUGGUGUAUCUGUUAACUGCAGUGGAAGAGAUGCAAAUGUAGAAAAGAACCAGGCCACAGGUGAUGCUGUCAACAACAGUGUUAACCGAUCGGGAUUUCUUACAUCUAGUCUAAAUAACAGCAAUAUGAAAACUCCUGAAUAUUCCAGAAAUAGCAGUCAAAGCAGUAGUUUCCAGACUGGCUCUAAUUCUAGUCUGCACAGCAAGAAAGUUGGUAAAAAGAGUUUGUCUGCUCCUUCUCCCACUGUGAAUACAAUUGAAGCAUUGCAGGUUGUACGAGGUCUUUACAAUGCCUCAAUAAAUCUUGGAAAAGAUUCAACUAUUGAUGAUGACCAUGACAACAAUCCUUUUGAUGCAUUCCAAGAAGUUCCACCAAAGCAAACUGAAGACCCAGUUUUGUCAAAGGCUCCAUUUACUAUCUGUGAAGAUGAGCCACAACCUAUGAAACAGCCUCCUACUUCAGCUGCCCAUGACAUCCAGUCAAAUUCUAAUAAGGGUGCUGGCUUCCAAGUCUUUUGUGAUGAGCCAGCUCCUGAUGCUUUGGAACCUUUGAUUCUGCAGGAAAACAAAAUGAAUGUGGCGUCUGAGGAAAUAUUCCGUUUACCUAUGCCAGACAUGAAUGAAAUUACACUGGGUUUUGGUUCAGGUAUUCCUCAAAUCCAAGCCACUACAGCAAGUUACAGUUUAGACAGUGCCAACAAGCCACCCAUCUCAAAUGAUGUUACCAACAUCUCUGAACAAUUACUUCCUGUUAAAAAAUUGACUUCGACUCCUUUCCAUUUUGCCUCAAAUAUGUACUCUCAGCCAGAUUUUGCUAAUAUGAGCACGAUAAGUGGUACGACUUGUGCCUCCACAGAAAAUACAAUCAUGAUGGAACAACCAACAGUAAAGCAAACCUGGGAAAUGUCAAAUAAGACUGCAGGACUGAGUCCAAUCAAAGAAGGAAGUACCGAAGGCACUCAUUCAAGUUUAGAAAGCCGCACUCUGGAGCCAAGCCAACACUCGACUCAUCAUGCAACCCAUCACCAUUCGGCCAGUGUUAAGUCAAACAUGGUGGCCGAACCUUUCAGUAAAACUCACCAGCAAAAAGUUCUUGCUUACUAUGCUCAAUCCUUGGAACAAUUGGACAACUUUCAUGCUGUGGAUCAACCAGUACCGUCAUUAAGUUCCAAUUCUGAAGUUUCAUUUGGAUUUUGGAAUGGAACCAUCGUGAAACCAAUUGCCAAAGGAGGAAAUGGCCAGAUCUUUAAAUUAGCAGUGGAUUCAACUUUUGCAGUAGAUCAAGGCAUACGACAUGUCGCUGUGAAGGUUCAGAAACCAGCCUGUAUGUGGGAAUUUUAUAUAUGUAAUGAGAUCCUGCAACGAUCUAAAAGUCUCCCAUCUGCAAAAGAAAUGUCUUCAUGCUAUAUGUCAGUCAGUGAUGGAUUCUUUUACAAAGAUGGCAGCAUCUUAAUAGAACAGUUCUAUAAAUAUGGAACUCUUCUUGAUUUGGUAAAUAAGCAUCAAGCUGAUCCUGGAUAUGGUUUGAUGUGUGAAUCAUUAGCUGUUUAUUUUCUUAUUGAACUACUCACAAUUGUGGAUCACCUUCACAAGUGUCAAAUCAUUCAUGGAGACAUUAAACCUGACAAUAUUGUAUUGAAAUCAAAGAAUUCCAGCUGCAUAGACUUACGGACCCCUAAACUUUUGACUCUGAUUGACUUUGGUGAAAGUAUUGAUAUGACCACUUAUCCAGAAGGAACUGUAUUUUCUGGCAAAGGUCUUACAUCUAGCUUCCAGUGUGUAGAAAUGAGGACUGACAGGCCUUGGACUUACCAGACUGACUUAUAUGGUGUUCUUGGAGCUAUCCAUGUGGUUUUAUUUGGAAAAUACAUGAAAAUAUUUAAUAAUCAAGGCAAAUGGCAGACAACUUCCAAUUUCCAAAGGAAAUGGAAUGUUCCACUGUGGAAACAGUUGUUCCAUGACUUUCUAAAUAUUCCCAGCUGUGACAAAAUUCCAAAUCUCCUCACAAUCCGUGAACAAUUCAUUAAUUAUUUCACUUCAUCUCUCAUCUCUGACUUUCAAAAGGCACUUCACAUAUGA